AUGGCAUGCACUCAUGACCGUAAUGCCCCCUCUGCUAGCCCAAAUUCAUCCGAAGAGGUCGAGUCACACCACGGUACCCCAGCAACGAAGCUUUCUCCUUUCUCCCCAGAUCAGGUCCUUGAGGAUCUCAAGCACGUUAACCAGGGUAUCGUGAGAGCGAGGGUACCACCACCCUUUGUUCUUGCUCGUGAACAGUCUAAUUUCGGCCCGAAUGGCAAAGCUGGCAACUCCACGUUGCCUGGAUCGCAAGAUCCCUUCCUCUCGGUUCCAAGUUUGAGCUCAAACACUCAAAGCUCUGGCGAUGGGUCCAAGCUAUCGCCCAAUGCUUCCACGUUCACUCCUACGAGCUUGAUCGAGAGUGUCUCUAGCAAUGGCACCUCAAGCUCUAGCACAUUCCAGUAUCCCCUCUCGGCUCCAAUUUGCGGUAUCGGUAUACAAGGUCUGGAUUUCCUUUCGCCCAUGUCUCGCUCAAACAACCUCCAAUACGGUCCGAUUGGCAAGAAGAGUUUCUUAUCUGGUUCAAAUAACACUACCAUUUCCCCCACAACUCAGCCGGCAGGCUCUGCUUUCGGCACUCUGGUCACCAAUGUGGGAUCCAUCAAGCUGGGGCAAUUCUCUACCGAUGUCCCAAGAUCGAGGUCGUUGAUGGCGGGCCCAGUGAGUAAGGCUACUUCCGCGAAGGAGAUCGAAAAGCUUUUGGGUCACAAUGUCACCUCACCCCCGAAUGAUGUCGUGUUUGCUGAGUUGGCUGUCACUGGCCUAUUCUACGUCAAAUUUGCGGAUAUUCGUGACAGUGACAAAGCGUUUUCAACCAUCAAAACAUACCGCCGUGAAUGGGACGUUCAGUACAUCUUACCAAAGCAUUUUGCCCUGAAAUUUCAUCCAGAGAAGUUCCGGCUCUCUCCUGUUUCAGAGUACGAGGGACAAGUCCUGGUGAAGGCCGAGUACGCAGGACUGCCUCAAAACUUUGAUGUCGUGGCGAUUGGACAUCGCAUCAAAGAGGCGCUUGAAAAGUAUGGCUCUAUAAUAGCCUUCGAACUAGGCAUAGUAAAGGCCUCGGUAGCGGCUUAUCGAGCAGAGUACUCUAACGUCAACACAAUCGACAACGCUUUGUUGCGUAUGAAUGGUUCGAAUUUCGCCAUGUGUACCUUGAGCAUAGCUCCCUACCAGCCUGACCUGGAAGAUCUAACACAAAGCCUGUCAAAGUCACCUGGUCCUCUUAUUAUAGGACAGGAGACGAGCUUGGAAAGUGAUUUUGCUAGCAUGAGCCCGUUUGAUCGCCUGGACGCCUAUGGUCCAGAGACCUCAAGCUCUUCAUCGAAUUCUCAGCAUCCUCACUCGGCCCCCGCUAGUCGGCCUCUUGCAUAUCGCAAAGACUUCAAUGAGCAGCAUACACCAUCGUCUCACCACAGUCACGGCCAAGGCUACGUGGGCGGAACCUCUAAUCAGAGUCCUAUUUGGAGUCCAAAUCCAAACUACAGCCCUUUCUUGAACUCAGGGUUUCAAUCGCCGAUCUGGUCCCCGUUCAACCCCGGUGCUAUUGGACAAGAGCGUGGAACACCCACACUUCUACGAGUACAUCAGCGUCAAGGAUACUAUCCCCCACAAAAUAGGGGCCAAAGCAAGAUUGGUGGGCGUCAAUCCCACGACUAUGGGUCAGGGCACCAUAACAUCGUAGAUAUUGAUCGUAUUCGCCGGGGAAUCGAUGCUCUGCUCAAGGACAUCGUGGAUGAAAGCAGCUUCGGCAAGUACGACUUCAUGUAUCUACGGAUUGAUUUUGCAAACAACUGCAAUGUUGGCUAUGCUUUCAUCAAUUUUGAGGACAUCUACCACACUGGCACUGGUCCCAAGGCUGGCACCGAAGACAAAUUUCCAGGCCCAGACAAUCCAUCAAAGAUGCGUCGGAGUGUUGAAAAUGCAGAGCAUGUUGGUAGCGACUCAUACCUUCCAUCUGCUACAUCAUCGAAACAAGAACCAGCAUCGGCACUCCAAGUGGUGGAAAUGGUUUUCCAUGCUGAAGCACUGCUUGAGCAAGUUGAUACACGAAAUUCAAGCGAGAGACAUUUUGCGUGCUCAAGCCCGCGUGAAACACAUGUAUCAAGUCUUGCUGCCGAGGUGCUACGCCUUUCUAGAAUUCGGAGACUUGUGGCCCCUUAUACUGACCAAGCCGAAGACCGAAUGGAUCCUGCAAUGGAGCUUGUGGACAGCAAAGACAAUUUUCCUUUGAAUCUGUCUGAGGAUUUUGGUGAAGCUGUGCGGAGAACUACUUCGAGCCACGCGACUGAUGUGGGGGUAUAUCCCGCCCUUGCGUUCGACAUUCUCACCGGACCAGAACGCGGUAGGGGUGCGGAAAAGCGCCUUCGUGAAAGGGAAGGAGCUGGCCCAGGAGUUACAAAAACAGCAAACGGUGAGAUUGAAUCACCGCAACCAGAACCUGGCAACGCCAUUGCUGGCUUCAAGCCGUGUGCAUCGUCAGCGCCUACUAAGAGGCAGAGGCAGAGGAAGCCAGUCAAUGCUAUUGAUGACCUUUUCCAAGGUUUGAACUGA